AUGGCGAGAGAGGUCAAGGCCCUGAGUGUCAAGGCCCUGAGUGUCCUUGGGCUGUUUGGAGGCACAACACGGGACUCAGAAAUACCUGGCUUGAAUCUUGGACACGCAGUUUCUUCGAAUCGGGUAAGAGCGAACAAUGCCUGGGUGGUCCUGGAUCUCGAACCUGGUGCCAGAGCCGAAGGUGCUGAUCGACCGACAGGCAGCUCUCCCGACCUAGCCAGCCGGGGUGUCUGCUCUCAGGGGGUGGGACCGUGUCCUGGGCGGUGCGUGCCCCUGGCGACUUUGAAAUGGUCACAUUCCCCCCACCCAUCGUGGCACUUAAGUGCCCUGCCAAGGAGAAGAGUCAGGACAUCCCUGCCGGCCCGUGCCCCCAGCCAAGUGCAGACCAGGGUUCCACUGUGGGACCCAGAGGAAGGGCAGAGGUGCUGUGAGGGCGCGUGUCCGCCAGACGGCGCCAGAGGGCCAGCAGAGCCCUGGGUCUCCCUGGCUCAGAAGGGGAUUGAGCGGAGGGAACCUCGAGGAAGCGCCCGGAGACGUGUGUGUGUGUGCGUGUGUGUGUGUGCGUGCGUGUGUGUGUGCGUGUGCGUGUGUGUGUGUGUGGCACCUGUGACCCCGUGGCCCCGUUUGCCUCCACUCAGUGAGGGGAUGUGUCGAAUUCAAUCCCCGUCCGGCCGGGUGGCCCCAAGAUCAGGGAGAUGGACAGGCUGUCCGGGGUCUGAGUGUCCUUUGCUUGUUUGGAGGCGGGUCUCUGGACCCAGAGACAAUGGGUGGGACGCGCAGUUGCUAAGUCUUCCUGGCAGGGAUUUUUGGCUUCCAGCAAGCUGGGCUUCAGGUCCUGAAUGCAGUGCGUCAGUGCAGUGGUGUCUUGGGGUCGGGCUGUGCUCACUGCUGGGCUCUUUCUGCCGAGAAAUUCCACCACCUCCUCUUCCUUCCCUCUCUCCCUGAGGCUUUUUCCUCUGCGUGGCACGUGUUCGAAGGAACGUCCGUGACACUGGGAAAGGGGCAUGAUGGCCGGGUGGUCCAUCAUUGCAAGCUGAGUCCCGGGGAUGAAGGCAGCUAAUUCAAAGCCUGCUCCUGGCGUGUACCUAAUGGGGUUGCUGACAUCAAAAGUGGGGUGGUGUUGGGUGGAGUGGGUGCCCUGACCCACUCUGAGAUGGCCACAGCACUGCCUGUAGAGCAUUUCAGUGAGCGGAGAGACAGAGGAGUGAGGGUGUCACUCUGGCAAGUGCCCUGGGCCAGUGCAGACCAGGGUUCUGCUGUGGGGUGUGGAGGGAGGACUGAGAGGUGCUUGUAGAGCCCAGGCCGGUUGGAAGGUGCCAGAGCGCGAGCAGAACCCCUCCUGCAGCUCCUGGGCCGCAGUUCCAGACCGAGAUCUCAUGGUGGGAGACGGUUGGGUGGAGGAAACAGAGCGAGGUCCUCGGGUACUUGUGUUUGGGUACCUGGUGCCUCUGACCCUGUGGCCCAAAGUCCCUCAGCUCAGAGAAGGGACAAGUUCCUGCCAUCACAUCCAUGGCUCGAUUCCUGCCUGGCCGGGUGGCCCCAUGGCGAGAGAGGUCAAGGCCCUGAGUGUCAAGGCCCUGAGUGUCCUUGGGCUGUUUGGAGGCACAACACGGGACUCAGAAAUACCUGGCUUGAAUCUUGGACACGCAGUUUCUUCGAAUCAGGCCGGUGUGGAAUUUAACGUCUAGAAAGCUGGGCUUUUGGUCAUCAAUGCAGUGUGUCAAUGUGGUGGUAUUCUGGGGGGCAGACUGAGCUGAUCCCUGUGCCUUUUGCCUCCAGAGAGCUCCACACCUUACCUGCUCCGUCCCAUUCCACCUGAGCCUCUUCCUCCUCUGCUGGGCACCUGGGCCUGGGAACGCACCUAAAGCCAGAGAGCUCCACACCUUACCUGCUCCGUCCCAUUCCACCUGAGCCUCUUCCUCCUCUGGUAGACACUUGCGCCAAGGAUCCUACGUGUAAAGGUGAAGAACUCCUGUGAAGUCCUGGAUCUCAUUCGAGUUUCCAGGGCCAAACGGAUAUAUCCUCAGUCCCUCCUGUGUGCCCUCUGUCUGCUUUUACUCUUUCCAUGCUCGGUCGCCAGUUCAACUUUUCUUGGGCCAAAGAGUGUACAACCUUGUUUCUAGAACACUGCAUUCCCAGUAUUCUAGCCAACUAUUUUUGGAUUUGAAUUUCUGUCUCUGCUGAAUCUAAAGGGAGUGAGGAUGCUGACAGCCUGUCGAAGUGCCUGGACUUCAGGCUACCCUAGCUAUCUGAAUGAGACCCACUGAUGUGAAGGCAGAACCAUGCAAUGCCGUUUCUAUUAGAUGAGGUCACUUCGACUGGAGAAUCAGGUGUGACCUGUAACAUCCCCCUGCUUGCUAGGCACAUCCUGGCGGGAUUUAAUAGCCUCAUCUUGAACCCCAUCUCUGAGCUGGGAUAUGCCAAUAGCAAGCAAGUUGCUCUGCUCUGUCACUGAUCUCUGGUGGCCAUGCUCUCCAGUAACAACUCAGAGCCCUUCCUCCUGCCUCCUGACCAAACCCACCGAUGGACUGCCCUGGCUUUGUGUGACGGCCAGCUCUGAUUUCGACCCUACUCUCACCCUGAGAACUGCCAUGUGCCACCUUAAAAAGGGCAGUAUUUCCCUCUCAUAGUCUCCUAGGACACUCUCCCUCAUCCCUCCCUCUGCAACACAACUCUAGUCCAUCAGUAGAUCCCAUUCUCACUCCCUUUAGAUUCUGCAGAGACAGAAAUUCAAACCCAAAAUUAGUUGGCUUGAAUACUGUGCAUGCAGUCUUCUAGGAACAGGGUUGCACAUUCUUUGGCCCCGGAAAGCUGGGCUGGUGGCCGUGAAUUGAAAGUGUAAAAGCAGACAGAGGUCACUCAGUGGGGAGGCUGCAUGUAUCCCUUUGGCUCUGGUACCCCGCUUGAGAUUGGGGGUGACUGACAGGAAGCACUGGCUUAGGUAGAAAAAUUAAAAGGAACUGACACCACACCCGAACAAACCUGCAUGCCCAACACUCAAGGAAAUGCUUUUGGAUUCAGGGUUGUACCACUGGAGACUCCAAAGGCAUUCAGACCCCAAACAGCCUGUCAAAUCGCCUGGUCUUUGGGCUUUUCCACCAGUAUGGAAGUGACCCCUAGUCAUGAAGGAAGAACUAUGUACCCACUAUCAGGAGAGGCAUUAUGGGAGUUCCUGUCGUGGCGCAGUGGUUAACGAAUCCGACUAGGAACCAUGAGGUUGCGGGUUCGAUCC